AUGGGCAGUCCCCGUUCGGCUGGUCGACAUAUCGCUGAAGAGAGGCCACGGUUCGUCGUCGAGCAGCUCGUCUCGGCGUCGCGAAAGCGUCGGCCGUAAAGGCGAGCCGUCGCGGCCGCGGCCGACGGCUCGUUCGGUCGUGUGUCCGGCGACCCUUGAACCCCGUCGUCCGGUCUCUUUUUCCCCGUAUCGUUCGUUCGCGGGCUCUCCGCGGCCGUUUCCCGGCCGCCGAUUUCCUCUCCUCGGCAGCGGACGUAGACGGCGGCCGCGACGUCGCCGGCGGGCCUGAUACACGCCGCCAGUGCCUCGUCGUAUCUCCUUUCGUGCUCCUCGUGGUGAAACACGGUCGUCUUGAUAAAGCCGCGGCGACGAUGAUCAGGAUCUAGCGAGACCACAGCGGCUAGACGCGCGGCCAGCACGCUCUCGCCGACGAACGAACGACACCGACGCGAACACCAACCAGUGCACCAGCCGAAACAACCGUCGGCACCGAAAUCCGGACGACACGACCGACACGAAAACACACCGAUCACGGUCCACGAGUAGUGCUUCUUGCGGAGAAAUCGUCGCGAGCCGAGAGCAGAGAGCGCGCGCGCGCGCUAUCGUCGCGAAUAGUGUUCUACGCGGAGCCGCGCGGACGACGGCGAAUCUUCUCUUUUCUUCCGACGAUUUCAGACCCGUCCAAGGUUAGAAACGCGAACGAACGAACGUACGAAAGGCCGACCACGGCCGGGAGAAAUUAAAGGCAACGCAACCCUGCCAGAAGGCCGAACAAUCGAGGAAUCAGCGACGAGACCGUAUCUGGUAUGAUUCGGGGACUUCUGGACACUUUCCUCGGUAACGCCGACCGCGUAUACAGUGAGCUCGGCCAUCAGGAAUCGGGAGAGGACGUUAUUGUCAAGUCCCCCGGUACCAUGUCGGAAAAUCCAGUAAGCUUCGUGGUCGGGGCGCCCGAUCCGUCCGAGGAAUUGGAGAUCGAGGAUAUCUUCCCGUCGGAGGGGUUCGAUCCAAGCUCCAUCCAGAUGCCGCAGAAUGAGUAUCCGGGAUUGGUUGAACGCCGCAGGCGGCUCAGGCCCAGCAUGUCGCAGGGCACGGUGAUGAUCCAGACCCAGAGUAGGCUGCAUGAGAAGGACUUCACUAUUGCCACACCCGAGGAAUUCGUUCACCGUUUCGGCGGUACCAAAGUCAUCAAUAAGGUGCUGAUCGCGAACAACGGAAUAGCGGCAGUGAAAUGCAUGCGUUCGAUACGUCGUUGGUCCUACGAGAUGUUCAAGAUCGAGCGGGCCGUUCGGUUCGUCGUGAUGGUCACGCCGGAGGAUCUCAAAGCGAACGCGGAGUACAUCAAAAUGGCAGAUCAGUAUGUUCCUGUACCCGGAGGCACGAACAACAACAAUUACGCGAACGUAGAGCUGAUCGUCGACAUCGCCAUUCGGCUUCAGGUCCAGGCGGUGUGGGCUGGAUGGGGUCACGCGUCCGAGAAUCCGAAGUUGCCGGAGUUGCUUCACAAGAACAACAUCAGCUUCAUCGGGCCGUCCGAGAGAGCUAUGUGGGCCCUCGGUGACAAGAUCGCCUCAAGUAUAGUGGCGCAAACCGCCGAUGUGCCGACAUUACCGUGGUCAGGAUCGGAGCUGACGGCUCAGUACAGCGGGAAGAAGAUAAAGAUAUCGUCGGAACUGUUCAAAAAAGGAUGCGUCUCGACGGUGGAAGAAUGUUUGGCGGCAGCGAACAAGAUCGGUUUUCCGGUAAUGGUGAAAGCCAGCGAAGGUGGUGGUGGCAAGGGCAUCAGAAAAGUAGAGAACGCCGAAGAAUUGCCUACGUUGUUUAGACAGGUACAAACCGAGAUACCUGGGUCUCCCAUAUUUAUUAUGAAACUGGCAAAGUGUGCGCGCCACUUGGAAGUUCAAUUAUUAGCAGAUAAUUAUGGAAACGCGAUAUCGUUGUUCGGUCGUGAUUGCUCCAUUCAGAGAAGACAUCAGAAAAUUAUUGAAGAAGCGCCAGCCGUAAUUGCCAAACCGGAAGUGUUCGAAGAGAUGGAGAAGGCCGCUGUUAGAUUGGCCAAAAUGGUUGGAUACGUCAGCGCAGGUACUGUGGAAUACCUGUACGACACUUCUGGGCGAUAUUACUUCUUGGAGUUGAAUCCGCGUCUGCAAGUGGAGCAUCCCUGCACGGAGAUGGUGUCUGACGUCAAUUUACCGGCUGCCCAGCUUCAAAUCGCUAUGGGAUUGCAGCUUCAUCACAUCAAGGAUAUUCGUCUUCUUUAUGGCGAAAGUCCAUGGGGUGACAGCAUUAUUGAUUUCGAUCAGCCGCGGCACAAACCGCAACCAUGGGGUCACGUAAUAGCGGCAAGAAUUACUAGUGAAAAUCCGGACGAAGGUUUCAAACCAAGUUCCGGUACUGUCCAAGAACUGAACUUUAGAUCCUCGAAGAACGUAUGGGGCUACUUCUCAGUAGGCGCUUCUGGCGGUCUUCAUGAAUUCGCGGACUCGCAGUUCGGUCACUGUUUCUCUUGGGGAGAAGAUCGUAAUCAAGCUAGAGAAAAUUUGGUCAUUGCUCUGAAGGAGUUGAGCAUCAGGGGUGACUUUAGAACAACCGUCGAAUAUCUGAUCACAUUACUAGAAACAGAAUCCUUCCAGCAGAAUAAUAUAGACACAGCUUGGCUUGAUCUAUUAAUUUCUGAACGUGUUAGAAGCGAAAAGCCGGACGUAUUGCUAGCUGUAACCUGCGGCGCUCUUCAUAUAGCUGAUAGAACUAUCACAGCUGCUUUCAGUGGAUUCCAAACUGCAUUAGAGAAGGGACAGAUACAAGCUGGUAAUGACUUGGAGAACGUAGUCGACGUUGAACUCAUUAACGAUGGGUACAAAUACAAAGUACAAACAGCCAAAUCAGGACCCAACAGUUACUUUCUUAGCAUGAAUGGUUCUUACAAAGAGGUAGAAGUACAUCGACUCUCGGACGGCGGUCUGCUGCUCUCUCUGGACGGAGCUAGUUUCACUACCUACAUGAGAGAGGAGGUCGACCGUUAUAGAAUUGUAAUAGGAAACCAAACUUGCGUCUUCGAGAAAGACAACGAUCCAUCUUUGUUGCGAUCACCUUCGGCCGGGAAGUUGAUCAGCUUUCUGGUUGAGGACGGCGGUCACGUAAACGCCGGACAGGCUUACGCGGAGAUCGAAGUAAUGAAAAUGGUAAUGUCGGUGACCGCUAGCGAAGCUGGAAGCGUUUUCUAUAUCAAGAGACCUGGCGCGGUCCUCGACGCUGGUACUCUGAUUGCGCAUUUAGAGUUAGACGACCCAAGUCUAGUAACCAAAGCCCAGGACUACACUGGCCAGUUCCCGGAAACCGAAGCUCCUGCUAUCUCGGAGAAAUUGAACCAUCUUCAUGCUAAGUACAGAGAGGGUUUGGAGAACAUUUUGGGCGGAUAUUGCUUGCCCGAUCCGUACCAUCUACCGCGCGUACGCGAACUUCUCGAGAUGUUUAUGAACUCGUUGCGCGACCCUAGUUUGCCUUUGCUCGAACUGCAAGAGGUGAUCGCCACGAUAUCCGGCAGAAUUCCAAUUUCUGUUGAGAAGAAAAUUAGGAAAUUGAUGUCCCUGUACGAAAGGAAUAUCACCUCUGUUUUAGCACAAUUUCCUAGUCAGCAGAUCGCCGCUGUGAUCGAUGGACACGCGGCGUCGCUAUCGAAGCGAUCCGAACGGGACGUUUUCUUCUUGACCACGCAAGCUAUUGUUCAGUUGGUACAAAAAUAUCGGAACGGCAUACGUGGAAGAAUGAAGACCGCCGUUCACGAACUUCUCAGGCUCUACUACACCGUCGAGUCCCAAUUCCAGCAAGGUCACUACGACAAAUGUGUUUCAGCAUUGAUAGACGAAUACAAGGAUGACGUGGCUACAGUGACAGGAAUGAUUUUCAGUCACAACCAAGUUACCAAGAAGAACGUCCUAGUUACUAUGCUAAUCGAUCACAUUUGGGCGAACGAGCCCGGCCUCACGGACGAGCUGUCCAGUACAUUGACAGAGUUGACUAGCUUGAAUCGUACAGAACAUAGCAGAGUUGCGUUACGGGCCAGACAGAUCUUGAUCGCUGCCCAUCAGCCUGCUUACGAAUUGAGACACAACCAAAUGGAGUCUAUAUUCUUGUCGGCAGUGGACAUGUACGGUCACGAUUUCCACCCGGAGAAUCUGCAGAAACUAAUUCUCUCCGAGACAUCGAUCUUCGAUAUUCUACACGAUUUCUUUUAUCAUACCAAUCGGACGGUCUGCAACGCCGCGUUGGAAGUCUACGUUAGAAGAGCCUACAUUAGUUACGAAUUGACCUGUUUGCAGCAUUUGGAAUUGUCCGGCGAGGUUCCUCUCGUACACUUCCAGUUUCUGUUGCCCAUUAAUCAUCCGAACCGGCAGAGUCAGUCUUCGGUGAAUCACAGGAUCGGAGCCAUGGCAGCUUUCCAAGACAUGGAACAAUUCAUCAGAUAUUCCGACGAGGUGCUCGAUCUGUUGGAAGACCUCUCUUCGCCGAGCUCGAUAUCCGCCAAAGUUCUGGAAGCAGUGGAUGCGGCUGGCAGCGAAUCCAGGCAUAGCACGUCCAUAAACGUGUCUAUGAGUAACGCGGAACCCGUCGUUGCGGUUGAACUGGGCGAGAGGCCUGCCGAACCGGUGCACAUCCUUAGCGUCGCCGUCCAAGACAACGUAGAGAAUCACGAUGACGAAUCGUUGGCGCAAGUGUUCGGAGGCUGGUGUACCUCGAACAAAGAAGAACUGAUCUCGCGAGGUAUCAGAAGAGUAACGUUCGCUGUUUUGAAGAAGAGGCAAUUCCCGAAAUUCUUCACCUUCCGUCAGAGGGACGGUUUCUUGGAGGACAAGAUUUAUCGGCACCUCGAGCCAGGGUGCGCGUUCCAGUUGGAAUUGAACCGAAUGAGAACCUACGACCUAGAAGCUCUACCUACCUCAAACCAAAAGAUGCAUCUUUAUCUUGGCCACGCGAAGGUCGCCAAAGGGCAACAAGUCACCGAUUAUCGGUUCUUCAUCCGUUCUAUCAUAAGACACUCCGAUCUAAUUACCAAAGAGGCCAGUUUCGAUUAUCUUCAGAACGAAGGUGAACGGGUUUUAUUGGAGGCCAUGGACGAAUUGGAAGUCGCCUUCUCGCAUCCGCUCGCUAAGCGUACCGAGUGCAAUCACAUAUUCCUGAACUUUGUUCCCACGGUCAUCAUGGACCCAGCGAAAAUGGAAGAGAGCGUGAACGAUAUGGUUCUGAGAUACGGUUCUCGGUUGUGGAAACUGAGGGUACGUCAUGCCGAGAUCAAAAUGGCAAUUCGUCCAGCUCCGGGCAAGCCGGCAAGCAUCAUACGCUUGUGCAUCGCCAAUGACAGCGGUUAUAGCAUAGACUUGCAUCUGUACACAGAGGUGACAGAUCCAAAGACUGGUAUUAUUCGCUUCGAGUCCACCGACCUGCGGAAGUCGGGAUCCAUGCAUGGUCUGCAGAUUUCCACGCCAUAUUUAACCAAAGAUUAUCUUCAAGCAAAACGAUUCCAGGCUCAAAGCGCCGGUACGACAUACGUGUAUGAUUUGCCUGAUAUGUUCAGGCAACAAACCGAAAAGAUCUGGCAGAAGUACAUAGAAGAGAGGUCGAACUGCAAUAUAACUGUUCCAAAUCCAGUGAUGGAUUGCGUAGAAUUGGUCAUGGAGGGUGACAAUUUAGUGGAGCAAAAGCGACUUCCCGGUGAAAAUAAUGUUGGCAUGGUGGCUUGGAGAUUAAAACUGUACACACCUGAAUAUCCGGAGACUGGCCGGGACAUUAUAUUGAUAGCAAACGACUUGACCUAUUUAAUCGGUUCCUUUGGUCCGAAAGAAGACUUGGUAUUCUGCAGAGCAUCCGAAAGAGCCAGACAGCUUGGCAUUCCCAGAGUUUAUUUCUCUGCGAAUUCUGGAGCGCGCAUUGGUCUGGCGGAAGAAGUGAAGGCGCUCUUUAAAAUCUGCUGGGAAGAUGAGAACGAACCGGAGAAAGGAUUUAAAUAUAUUUAUUUGACACCGGACGACUAUGCUCGGUUAGCGCCGCUUAAUUCCGUGAAGGCUUCGUUGAUCGAAGAUCGGGGAGAAUCUCGUUACAAAAUUACGGACGUCAUCGGCAAGGAUGAUGGUCUUGGUGUAGAGAACUUGAAAUACGCCGGCAUGAUCGCUGGCGAAACGUCCAGAGCUUACGACGAGAUAAUUACAAUUUCUAUCGUAUCCUGUAGAGCUAUUGGUAUUGGAGCAUACCUGUUACGUCUUGGACAGAGAGUCAUUCAGAUAGAGAACUCGCACAUUAUCUUGACCGGUUACAAAGCAUUGAAUACCGUAUUGGGUCGCGAAGUGUACGCGAGUAACAAUCAACUGGGUGGUAUACAAAUUAUGCAUUACAACGGUGUGUCCCAUGCAACGGACGAAAGAGACUUGGAUGGUGUCGAAACCGCUUUAAGGUGGUUGAGCUAUUGUCCUAAGUUCAAAGGUGCACCACUUCCUAUACUACCGUCGCCGCUUCCCGAUCCAAUUGACAGAGAAAUCGGUUACGUGCCCACAAAGACAGCCUACGAUCCUAGGUGGAUGCUCGAUGGCAGGCAGUCGCAGAAUGAAAUAAAUGGCUGGGAAAGCGGAUUCUUUGAUCGGGGUUCUUGGCAGGAAAUAAUGAGACCCUGGGCUCAAACUGUGGUAACCGGAAGAGCCCGAUUAGGCGGAAUUCCGUGCGGUGUUAUCGCAGUUGAAACAAGGUGUGUCGAGCUGCAUUUACCAGCUGAUCCUGCCAAUCUCGACUCAGAGGCGAAAACUAUAUCCCAAGCAGGACAAGUAUGGUUCCCUGACAGCGCGUACAAAACUGCCCAAGCUAUCCAAGAUUUUAGGAAAGAAGAGAUACCACUUUUCAUCUUCGCCAACUGGAGAGGAUUCUCUGGUGGAAUGAAAGAUAUGUACGAGCAGAUCAUCAAAUUCGGUGCGUACAUAGUAGACGGUUUACGGGAAUAUUCAAAACCGAUAUUUGUGUAUAUUCCACCUAAUGGAGAAUUACGAGGUGGCGCUUGGGCUGUAGUCGACCCAACUAUAAACCCUCGUUACAUGGAAAUGUUCGCUGACAAUACAAGCAGAGCUGGUGUUCUGGAACCUGAGGGUAUAGUUGAAAUCAAAUUUAGGACGAAAGAUUUAGUUAAAACUAUGCACAGAGUGGAUUCAGUGAUUAUAAAACUCAAGGAAAAAUUAUCUAAUGUAAAUACACCAGAAGAACGAACAGAAAUCGAGUCUAAAAUACGGAAGCGAGAACUGGAAUUAGAACCCAUGUAUCGUCAAGUUGCAGUCCACUUUGCGGAUCUCCACGAUACACCGGAGAGAAUGUUCGAGAAGAGCACGAUUCAUGACAUAAUUCCUUGGCGAAAGGCGCGUAGGUUACUCUAUUGGCGGCUCAGGAGAAGGCUUCUGGAAGAUGAAAUAAGGGAAGAAGUCUUGUCCACCCAGCCGCGUUUCGAUGUCAGGCAAGUUGGUGCGAUGUUGCGGAGAUGGUUCAUAGAAGAUAAAGGCCCGACCGAGUGUUACUUGUGGGAUCAGGAUGAAGCUGCAACCAACUGGUUGGAAAGUCAACGCCAAAGCGAGAACAGUGUUAUUGCACGAAAUAUAACCUGCGUAAAGCAAGAUGCAGUUGUUUCGCAAAUCAAAGAGGCUCUUGAGGCCUGUCCGGAGGUCAGGCUAACUGCAAUCUUGGAAAUCGCCCAUAGGUUACAGCCGACAGAACGCGCGGAAUUGCUUAGGACAUUAUCGCAACUAGAGACCACUGCCCAAGAACAUCAUAAUGACUCGAGUGCCUCGUCUUAAUAUUUUUGAUAAAAUUCACAAGAUUCUCUGCCUAUCCACGUACCUGGUGUAUGUAACUCCGUUAGAAUUAAUUGUACAGACGCUCGUUAUAUCAUCUUGUUAAUAGUAAAUUCUACGGGAAUAGCAUAAUUUCGAAAAGUUAA